AUCUGGGGCCUGGAGGGAAUGUACACGGGAGCCUCAGAGGCCAUUUCGUGUGGCUCUGACUCACCCUGACUCUCUGUGAAGUGGAAACUUCACACCACUCAGGUGUGGCCAGCCUUUGACCUUUGUUGUGAAUCCCCAAGAGUUACCACAGUCCCUUCCCAAUUACUCAUUUCACUUUAGCUGUGGUUCAGCUAAGACUUCUGGCUCAAGGAAAGCUGUAGAAGAGGACACAGGAUGAGGUGGGAAGAGGAGGAAGAGGAGGGAACCAAGAUGAAGGUAAAAAGAGACCUAGAGAUGAAGGAGGAAGAGGCAGUAAGUGAGAAGGGAGAACUGGUUGGCCCUUUCACAAGCGCCAUGCCUGCCCCUACACCCCACAACAAGGGCACCCGGUUUUCCGAGGUAUGGGAGUAUUUCCACCUGGCCCCUGUUCGUGCUGGCCACCACCCCAACCAAUAUGCCACCUGCCGCCUGUGUGGCAGGCAGGUGAGCCGUGGCCCCGGGGUGAACGUGGGCACCACAGCCUUGUGGAAACAUCUAAAGAGCAUGCAUAGAGAGGAGCUGGAGAAGACUGGCCAUGGUCAGGUGGGGCAGCGCAAGGACCUGAGGCCCCAGGGGCCCCAACUCCCCAUGGGUAUCGAGGGCGACUGGGCCCGGCUCCUGGAGCAGGUGGGGGCCCUGGCUCUGUGGGCCAGCCAAAGGGAAAAGGAGGUGCUUAGGAGGGAGAGGGCAGUGGAAUGGCGGGAGAGGGCAGUGGAAAGGCGAGAGCGAGCCCUGGAGGAGGUAGAGAGGACCAUCCUGGAGAUGAAGUGGAAGCUGAGGGCUGAGAAGGAAGCCUGUCAGAGACAGCAAGAGCAGCUUGCCGUGGCUCAUCCCUUCCAUUUUGUGUAA